CUGCUGAAAGGGGGAAAAGAAGAGAAAGAGUGUGCUGUUGAACUGCGACAAUGGCGAUGGCGUUGUUCUCUUCAACGGCAAUUGCAACCGUUCCUCGAAUCCUCGCAUUCGCUUCCUCCAGCAAACUCUCCUUCUCUCUUCUUCCAUCAUCAUCAUCAUCAUCUUCUUCUUCUUCUCGAUUCCUUUCAUUUCCCACUUCUCCAUCAAACCUCGCUCUCUCUCUUCAAUCCCCACGCGCCUACGUGUCUCCUUCCGCCUCCGCAUCAGCAUCCGCAUCCUUCCACGGCCUCUGCUAUGUCGUCGGUGACAACAUCGACACCGACCAGAUCAUUCCUGCCGAGUACCUCACCCUCGUCCCUUCCAAGCCCGACGAAUACGAGCAGCUUGGUUCCUUCGCCCUCGUUGGUCUCCCCGCUUCCUACGCCACUCGAUUCAUCGAUCCCGGCGAGACCAAAACUAAGUACGCGAUCAUCAUUGCCGGCGCUAACUUCGGCUGCGGCUCCUCCCGCGAGCACGCGCCCGUCGCGCUUGGUGCCUCCGGUGCCGCUGCCGUUGUGGCUGAGUCCUACGCUCGCAUCUUCUUCCGAAACUCGGUGGCGACCGGCGAGGUCUAUCCGCUGGAAUCGGAGAGUCGCCUCUGCGAGGAGUGCAGAACUGGCGACGUGGUGACGAUCGAGCUCGGAGAGAAUCGGUUGAUCAAUCACACUACCGGAAAGGAGUAUCGGUUGAAACCGAUCGGCGAUGCGGGUCCUGUGAUUGAGGCCGGUGGUAUCUUUGCGUAUGCUAGGAACACCGGCAUGAUUCCCUCUCGUUGAGUAGAUGAGACCAGACUUUUGUUCUCUGUUUUCGUUGGGGUUCUAACAUCAUAUGUGUCUGCAUCAAUUGGAUUGGAAAACUUUUUACCCUCCAGAUAGAUGUUGCAUGUGACAGUAGACAUUUCGGGAAGCUGGAACCAUUCAUGGAUUUGUUGGAACUGUGACAACUUCUUUGGCAGCAACUGACAACUACCCAAUUAUUUGAGUAUUUGCAAUAUACUGCCUGCUCAAUUCAGAUUCUUUCUCGAAAGGCAGUUUCAAUUGACAGUCAAUUCGGCAGAUAACUACUGUAUUGUGUACUGUCUUUCUAAGAUGAAAGUUAAUUGGUUGAAAAUUAGUAUUGUAAUUUGGCGUUAAACUUUAGGAAAUAUGGAGUUUCCUUUUUUGCUUGAUGUUUAUGCUUCCAUUAGAACAUUUGAAACUUUAAAUGUAUGUUGCAUCAGCAGGAUCUUUAGUGUAUUCUUCUCUUGUACUCCUUCGCAAGUGCUGACUUGGAUUGGCUAGUUUUUAAUUAAUAUAAUUGAAAACAGGGGUAUUAAUAUUUUAAAUUU